AUGGAUGUUGGUACAGGAAUUCUGGUUGCCAUCUUGUGCAUCUUCUUUCCUCCGCUGGCCGUCCUCAUCAUGGCUGGCUGCGGCGCCGACCUGUUCAUCAACAUCAUCCUUACCAUCUGGCUCUGGUUCCCUGGUGUCAUUCACGCCUUCUAUCUGCUCUUUGUCUACUACGACCGCCGGGAGAAGUACAAGAAGGGUACGCCGGUCGUUCAGCGAGCGCCAUUCGUGUAUAGCGACAAGAUUCAAUCAGGUGGCUCCACGACGUAUGGGCGGAUGUGA